CACCACCCAACCACUCCUUUCCCAUCGCCGCGUCCAUUUGCGACUUUUCUUUUGUUUCCACUAGACCAUCACAUUCGGUCAACAUGGGCGUUUGGGACGCCUUUACAGGGCGAAAGUCGACACCUUCCGCCUCCCCGAGCCACAACGAAGCCCCGAUCACCGACCCAGCGGGCCCCAUCUCUCAUCCUACCUUCGACACCCCAUCAUCCGACGAUGUCGGCGCCUUCAUGACCGCUCCGGGCGCCUUCGACCCCGCCGCUCUCCAUCCCCUCGCGGGCCUCAACAAAGACACCCUCGACUACCUCACUCUCGAUGAUUCCGCGCUUUCAGAUCUCCCCGGCAGCAAAUCCCUAUUACCAUCGCGAGGAUGGUCAGACGAUCUCUGCUACGGGACAGGAGUGACAUAUCUCACCGCGCUCUCGAUGGGCGGCACCUGGGGCCUUGUGGAAGGCUUGAAUCGACUACCACCUACCGCGCCACCGAAGCUACGCCUCAACUCCGCCCUCAACGCCAUCACACGAAGAGGGCCAUUUCUGGGCAACUCGGCGGGCGUGAUUGCGCUGAUGUACAACGGCAUCAACAGCACGAUUGGAUAUUACAGGGGAAAGCAUGAUACGAUGAACAGCAUAAUGGCCGGAGGAAUCAGUGGGAUGGUGUACAAAUGCACGAGAGGGCCGCGGCCUAUGCUCAUCUCCGGAGGUAUUGUGGCUUCGUUGGCGGGAACGUGGGCUCUCACGCGAAAAUUGCUUUUCGAGCGAUGAUUUACCUGUGGUGUACGAUAUGUCGCAGUGUGCUUCUACUAGACUUUUCAUGCAUGGCGAUGGCGGGCGGGAUGCGGGUUAAGUAUAUGACCCAUCAAACUCUCCUCUAUGGACACUCGGGCGUCGUGUAGGUGGAUACUGAAAUACAGUUGUCUUCCGA